AUGCCGAUAGGGGUUAUCGAAGGGAACCCUAGCCUGAUGGGGGAGUCGCUACAGACAGCAGUGCCGAUUAUCACGUGGUACAAAGAGGAGAUAACCACCCGGAAUGAAGGAUUUGAGUUUGGCCCAAACUUCUCGCUGUUAUUUGAGCAUCCUGGGAUAUCAGAUACCGGGAGAUACCACUGCAGGGUGUCGAAUCAUCAAGGGAUCCUCAGCUCAAACCAUACGGAUCUUACAGUGUUAGUUCAAGAAUCAGAUGAGGUUGACAAAGUUGAAGCCGGAGAUGACGAUACUUAUCUUCGGGUGACCCAGUGUGAAAGAGACCAGUUUGAUCAGGAUUCACCAUGUAUCAUCAAAGUCCACCCAGACCAGGACAUCCUGGAACUUGAUUGCAUCGUAGAGGGCGCCCACCAACCUGUUCUUCUCACCUGGCACAAUGCGGGUGCACUCCACAUUUCCCUGAACACCACAUCUUCCAGCGAGAAAAUACUGGAAGAUGGAACAUAUCUAAAGAAAAUUUCUCUCAGAUUGCAGUCCGAAGAGAUGGGAUCGGAGCGAAAACAGUUGAUCUGCUUGGCUCAAGGUCCCAACGCUACGAAGACCGUAAACGUCACUAUUCAAUUUGAACCAGAAAUGCCUGAAGAAGGUCCUUCAACAGUGGGGAUCGUCGUAGGAGUAAUUUUUAUUCUGGCGGUAAUUUCUGCAUUUGUUGCUUUUAUUGUCUGGAAAAGGUUUAUCAGGAGACCGAGGGAAAAGGCAGAGGAAAAUCAAGAAGCAGAGGAAAAUCAAGAAGGAGAGGAAAGUCAAGAAAGACAAAAACUGCUUGAGCAAAACACGAAACAAAUGAAAGAAAAGCGAGAAAAGGUUUUGGCCUACAGACCCCAGAACAAGACCACGCCUACUUCAGGUGAAAUCGAGGAACCUCCGCCCGUACAACUGGGUGUCUUCGGCCUAUCACGAGCUGGAAAAUCUGCCUUCAUUAAUUCUUUGUACUUUGCUGUGAAAGGCGAAUAUUCUCUUAUCGCCGACGAAUCAAACGAAUUAAACCAGAGGACAGAAUGGAGAGAAGCUAAACCCCUGACUCCUUAUAUAAAAAUAUUGGAUAAUAGAGGUCUAGAGAAUUACAACAAUGUCAUUCCCGAACUCAUGGAGGAGAUCAGAAAUUGGGUUCUGAUUUCCUAA